AUGAACAACAUCAUUGCGUACGGUGGAAUUACCACAAUUCCUCUUUACAAUUGCAGCCGGUUUUCACCUGCCGAAUGGUCCCUUCGCGAUGGAAUGAAACGGCCAAUUCUUGGAUCAAUUAGUAUGAUCUACGGGAUUGUGACAAUCGUAAUUUAUUUUCCUGUUAAAUUAGCGCUAAUUGACAAGGAUUAUUGCCAUAUAUCAUGCUUCAAGAUAAUGGCAUUUCUAGCAAUUAUCGACGAUUUGUCUCUAGUUGUAAACUCGAUUAUCACGGGAUAUCUUUCGAUAGAAGGAGCUGUGUUCUGCACCCAUCCUGUAUUGAUAUAUAUUGCGGGAAUGUUCGGACUCGGUCUUUGGGGUUGUUGCUGCAUUACCGUUCUCAUACUUGUGCUGAAUCGGAUAAUCGAUCUCACCAAUUCAUACCUUAUCGUUCUUCUAUUCAAAGGCUAUCGCACAUUCGUAUGGCUAAUUAUUCCAAUAACGUAUGGAUGUUAUUUCAUUGCCUUCACAAAACCGAUUGCAUUUUCUUCAAAAUACUUCACAUGGUUUUUCAAUCCGAUGAUAAUGGAAGGGAGUGACACCGAUUACAUCAAUUUUGCUCACACCGCAAAUAAUUUGUUCGUUGUCGCAAUCACUAAUGUCACGUAUAUCGUGUUCUGUUUUGUCGUCAAUACGAAGAUGAACGAAAUGUCGAGGCAAUCGCGUUCGAAAUUAUUGUCUCGCCAAAUUUACACACAAUCAACACUGAUUUGUCUAGUGAAUCAAGUGGCAUCAGCAAUUUAUGUCGUAAUGAAUUAUAUGGAAUUACCACAAUGGGUUACCACUUUGGGCCAUAUUUUAUGGCAAAUAUCACAUGGAUGCCCAGUAUUUAUCUAUCUGACAAUGAACAUGACGAUACGGAAAACUGCAUUGAAAAAAAUUGGCGUCUCAAGACUUCAUUCGAUAUUCAGUAGUUACGAAGAAACUAUUUAUACAUUCUCAUCGUUUCGAUAA